UCGUGCCUGUCCCUUGUAGUCUUUGGCACAGCGGAGUUGUCCGUGUUUAGUGUUUGUUUCUCAGUCGUGGAAUACAAAAGUGAUGCUUCGACGUGACCGGCUGCAGAGCGAGACAGAUGAAGACCAGCACUGACAACUUUAUGACUCGGUUUCACUCUGUUCAACGGAGUAUAUAUCUUUUCUUUUGUUUCUGGGCUUGAAGAAGAGGCUGCUGUAUUUUGUGCGCUCCGGUAACAAAUUCGCGAGGGUCUCGGUGGCUCCAUGCGGGAGAGGAGACAUUUUGGGGUGUUUUUUUCCCCCUUUUUCUUUGGUGUUCCAGUCAGGAUCGUGAGCUACCGCGUUCCGACCCCACGAAGGCUUCAUUUUUCGCCAUAGCUUCAUGUAAAUCUUUUUUUUCUCGCGCUGCUUUCUGCCCAGCGGACUCUUCUGCUGCUGCUACUGGAUAUAUGAGGACUCUUCUUGUGCAGUAAUUUGGUGUAAAUGGAUCGCCAGUCCAGUUUCAUUUCCAUUUGGCUACAAUUGGAACUCUGUGCCAUGGCCGUUCUUCUGACCAAAGGAGAAAUUAGGUGCUACUGUGAUGCGCCGCACUGUGUGGCCACCGGAUACAUGUGCAAAUCAGAGCUGAACGCCUGCUUCACCAAGGUGCUGGACCCGCUCAACGCCAACUCUCCACUCACCCAUGGGUGUUUAGACCCCAUUGCCAAUGCUGCGGACGUCUGCAGCAGCCAAAGGGCCUUGGAUGCUCUCAGCAGGGCGGCAACACUGGAGUGCUGCCAUGAUGACAUGUGCAACUACAGGGGCCUACAUGACCUGGCGCACACCAGAGACUCGACAGAUGGCCGCUACCAGCCAGACAGCAACAACAGGAACCUGGUGACCCGGGUUCAGGAGCUGACCUCAGCCAAAGAAGUGUGGUUCCGUGCGGCUGUGAUCGCUGUGCCGAUCGCUGGCGGCCUCAUCCUGGUCCUGCUCAUCAUGCUGGCGUUACGGAUGCUGCGCAGCGAGAACAAGCGGCUGCAGGACCAGCGGCAGCAGAUGCUGUCGCGGCUCCAUUACAGCUUCCACGGCCACCACACCAAGAAGGGACACGUGGCCAAGCUGGACCUGGAGUGCAUGGUACCUGUGACGGGCCACGAGAACUGCUGUCUGACCUGCGACAAGAUGAGGCAGGCUGACCUAGGCAACGACAAGAUCCUGUCUCUGGUGCACUGGGGGAUGUACAGUGGCCACGGCAAGCUGGAGUUUGUAUGACCAGUUCCUGCUGGGAACUGAAUGACUGACACCUCCAAGAAACAGCCAGGACUGCCUCUCAAUUGUUGGCUUUGGCUCUUUUGUACUUUAAAAAGACAUUCCCACAUUUUUUGUCCUUUGGGUUGUUUUUCAAUUAGUUUUUUUUUUAAACAUCAGCGAAAAAAUACGAGACUGAUCUCAUGCCUUGUGGUUUUUGCUAGAGGAGCACUUUACUUGAAAAUGAAAGGCGAAGCAACGAGGAGCUGUAUUUAAACUUGAGAGGGCAGGGCUGAGGUAGAGUGAGAGCUCUGUCACCGCUCCCGAGGAUCCUGGACUGUUUUAUUUUUACACUGAGCGCUGAAGGAUUCCAAAUCUGUCUUAUUUGCACAUUUGUAAAAAACAACAACAACAGCAACAAAACAAACAUCAUUGCUUAAGACAACAACUCAACACUGACACCAGGGUACAAAAUAAAAUGACUUGUGUGAGGAGUAAAAAAAAAAUAAAAUAAAAAAAAUCAGUGUUUGGCUGUAGGUGUGCGCACUCCUCUGUGUAUGUUUCAUGAUUCAAGCUUAAUGUAAAGAUUCUAAAUAUAUAUAUUUUUGUCUGAUAAAACUGACCGGCGUGUGUCUUAUUCUGGGUGAAUGUCCAACAUCUCUCUCUGUGAUCAGACUAUAAGCUUGAUUGAGUGUGAAAGAAGAACUUCCAUUAAAAGUGACUUUUUAUUUAUUUGCCGAUUCACGCUUCUGUUUUUGCUACAGCUUUGAAAUGUACCAUCCGUGAACUUACAGACACACUGCUGGGGCUGUUGUGAAGUUUUUAGUGACUAUCAGAUCUUGUUAAAAGCACGCGCUAGGGUGGCCUUUAUGCUGUGUGUGUGUGCGUGUGUGUAUCUAAUGGAGCUAACAGUAAAGUCUUGUUUUACCA